AUGUUGGGAUGCGCCUUGUUAUUCCUCCUCUGCGGCCAUAUUUCAGCAAUUAAAGUAAGUAGCGGCAUUAUUCAAAUAUCUUUUGAUUAAAUAUUUAAUUCUUAUAGACCUAUAAAAUAUGUUCCGAUCUCCUUCCUUCGAGUGUAAUUGUGGAUCUAAGAGAAGAUGGGAUUAGCAGAGACAACGAGCAGAUAACAUUACUUACAAAAUCAAAGUUCGAACUCGAUGGGAGAUUACUGUAUUCAAAGGAAAAAUUGGAAAACGGAGAAAUGUUCAGAUUGGAGUUCUUGGCCGUGGAUAAUAUGGAUCAGGAGAGAAUUCUGGUCGUCUAUGUUACGGCCACCGAUAAGUAGGUGUCCAAAAAAAUGCUGUCAGAGAUAUUUAGACACAACUGACCUUUAGGAAGCUUUUGCAUAAUUAACUAGACCUUCUUCGUUGCAGAUGCCACAUCUCGUUUUCCCACACAGUUUAUCACGCAAGAAUUACGAAUAAUAAAUUCAUUUCUGAUGCCCCAAUUAGGAUAAACGCAACUAAGAACAUUUCUAUCAAACAAAUCUCCCCGGCGAACCAUUUAAAUAUUCAGGACUAUAUUCAAAAUGAAUGGACUUACAUUACGGUAAGCAUUGCGUAAUAUCUCAUCAAUUUAAAGAUUCCUGUGGAGAAUCGAAUUAAAGACUUCCCAAUACAUCUGGGAGUGUACAUAAACGAUGUUCUGGCCAGUGUGACCAUAAUCAAAGCUUCUUCUCCACAGAAAAUCCAAGAAUAUGAUGUUACGACGGACAAUGUCAUCAGCAGCAAGGCAGUGUUAAAAUUGGGGUAAGAAGUGUAAAAAGUUUAACAAAAAUGCCAUUUAGAGACAGCAAUGAUUAUUGGAUGCCCUCGAAGAAAGUUCCGUUUUACGUCAAAGAUGAUGUCAUAUUUCCCACGUUUUCCAUUUACAAUGGACAUUAUGAGUUUACAGUAAUCGAUUCUGAAGUAGGUUAGUAUUGAAAGUAAUAAAUGGUUUAGAAUAACCAAACUCCCGUAAAGCUCAGAAUUGGGCAUCAACAUAAAAGACGGAAGAAGAAUGUAAAGAGGGGUUUGAAUCUAGAAAGUGGGAUCAGAGGACAAGAUAUGAACAUCUUUGUCAAAGAGAACAGCCCCUUGAGAACUUUGAAAGAAGUAAGUGAUUAAUUACUGUCAGCUUUUGCACAUGAAAUUAUGUCUUAUUUACAGAAGAUUCCAUUAAAUCAUCAUGAGAAAAUUGAAUCAUAUUCUCCCUUGGAUGGACCCUUGAUGAUACGUCAAGAUGGCUCUCUGGAAUUAAUCCAAUCCUUAAAUUUCGAGUCGGAAAACCAGUUCCAAGUCCAAGUGCAAAUCUCUGGAGGUGGGUAUUUUUUUAAUCCAAUUUCGGACUCCCCUCGUCCGGCUCUUCUUUUCGGCCACUUUGGCCGGAAAUUACUCUUGGCUCAAAACCAUUUCAUUUGGCAGCCAAAAAUGGGCUAGAAAGAGAUGGCCAAAUUACAACAGAGGAAUUGAAGGAGCCUUCACUCCUUCCCCGGCCUCCCCGCGAAUAAAAUUAAUUCAAUCUUGCCUGGUGCUUUGUGAAAAGCGGUGCCGUUACCUGCUGAGCGAAAAGAAUGGACAGAGAGAGCUAUUUAUUUUUCAGCUAAUUAAAACACGGCGGUCAUUUUGAGUCUUUAUUUGUAUCUCUCUGUAAAAAGAAUCAGAAAAGACAGAUGUCACAUGCAGAAAACAAAUAAAAAACAUUAUUUUAGGAAGAACUCAAGUAAUCCACAUCCAUGUUCUUGAUGUACCCGAGCCUCCGGCUUUUACCAAUUCCCCACUGCCUUUCAGAGGUAUCAUACCGAACAAUGCACCAAUUGGAUGCAAGAUUUUUGAGGUACAAAAAUACAAUGCAGGAUGCGCCAUUUUUGUGGCCCGAUUUCAAUUGUCUAUGACUUUAUUACUUUUUGGCCAAAUUUGAAUCUCCUUUUUCCCUUAAUCGUCAUGACCUCGUUUUCUUUGAUAUAGUACCAAAUACGUGGCAUGAAUCCAGAAUUCCGCAACCUUCAUGGUGAAAAAUAAGAGAUCUCAAAAAAUGCCCAUAAGACAAGAUACUAAGGUAUAACAUAUUUGGUACACACAAAACGGGAUAUUCUGAAGAUCUUCAAAAAAUGGCGCAUCCUUUAAAAAAUUAGAAUUCAAUUUGAGUCAUCAUAUUCUAUACUUACAGUUCAACGCAAGAAAUGAGCAAGGAGAAGGAGAUAACCAUGUCAAUUACGACCUUAUAAACACGGAGCGUAAGUAAACCAAAAAACAUUAUUUCAAGAUCCAUCAACUUUCCAAACCUUUUAAUUUUUAGCAAAGAAUGCUUUCACCGUCGACAGGAACACCGGGAGCGUUCGAACAGCCUUGCAGAGUUAUAAUACUACACAGAUUUAUCGAGUAUUUGCCCAGACACACAGCAUACAUAACUUUACAUUGGUAAGAAAAAAUUUUUGUAAAAUAAUUAAACCGCAGAAAAGUGAGAUCGCGGUUCUCGAACUCUUCGCCGACGAUCUGCCCCCUCAAUUUAUGCAAAAUGUGUAUUCUGUAGUCAUCCCAGAGAACUCGACAAUUGGAACAAGGUAUGCGUAGCUGAAAACAAAGUAAAGUAAUCGAUUUAGUAUUGUACAACUACUUGUUCAUGAGUUCCCAUCUGUCAGAAAUGGACAAAGGAAGACAGCACCCUCCUUUUCAUUAAUUUUUGACAAUAACCAAUACCCUUACUUUACAAUAGACCCGCAUACUGGUGUCAUAACUUUGCAGAGACCCUUGGAUUUCGAUGAAAUGGGAGUUACAAAGACCUUCAAGUUGACAGGUAUCACUGAUCAAAAUAAAAGAGAACCUUCUAGGUGUUGUCACGCAAGAAGCUAGAGAAAGCAAAGUGCCUGUGGAGGUUACCAUUCUCGACGUUAAUGACAAUAAGCCCAUAUUUACACAAUCUUUGUACACAGCUGUCGUUAAAGAAGACGUGACAUCAGAUGUCAUGAUUCUGAAAGCCACCGCAAUUGACAAAGACUCAAGUUUGAAUAGUCACAUCGAUUACGCAAUUGAUCAUCCCCUGUUCCGGAUAAAUGAAAACGGCGAAAUCUACGCGACAAAGAAGUUAGAUGCAGAUGGGACAAAAGAAAAGUAUCGAAUAUACAAGAUGAAUGUGACUGCGACAGACAGAGGGAAUCCUCCAUUAUCCGACAUGGCUACCAUUCACCUACGAGUGGAGAAUACCAAUGAUGAAGCCCCUGUCUUCUUACCCACAGCUGAAUAUCAGGCCGAGAUUGCAGAAGAUGCCCAAGGAUUCACUCCAGUGAUACAAGUUCAGGCCACUGAUAUUGACACGGACCGGGUUCGGUUUUAUUUUAACGACCAUGGCUCUAAAGUCAGGGAAACGGAGUAUUUCCAAAUAGAUGAGGAUACAGGUAUGAGGAAUCUGCAAGAUUUCUGAGAGUCGUAUUUUUAGGACUCAUAAGAUUACUACCCAAUGUAAAAGCGUCCGAUUUAACGCGAGAAACAGAGCCAUUGACCCUCGAAGUCAUCGCUGAAGAUGACGGUUCAUGUUGCCAAAACGAAGACUCCGUAUUUCAUCGCUCGAUGGCCAAAGUUUAUGUUUCAAUCCUAGACGUGAAUAACAACCGCCCCGAAUUCCCAGAUUGCCAGAUCUACAGUAAUAUAGCCAAGUUAGAAGAAGGAACUUAUUACGAAAACGGACCUGUUGUACUUCGGGUGAAAGCAAUAGAUAACGACACCUCGUCAAACGGUGACAUUGUAUAUUCAUUGUACUAUUCCAAUACUGAGCAACGACAUCCAUUUGUGAUCCAUCCAAUCACCGGCGAUCUGAAACCAGCGGCUGGAUUUGUGUUCGAUAGAGAACAACGGGCUUAUGAGGAGGUUACAGUAAAGGUAAAUCUUCUGCGAAAAUCUAAUGUUUCUUUAGGCCUCAGAUAAAGCAGAGCGACCGUUGAUUGGAUUCUGUCAGUUCACAGUUCAGAUCCUCGAUGUUAAUGAUAAUGCCCCUCAGUUCGACCGUCUUUUGUAUGAAACUACAAUUUCCCGGAUGACCCAACCUCACACCUCCAUCUUGUCCGUUAUUGCAGAAGAUGCCGAUUCCCCUCCCAAUGCAAAUAUUACUUAUCGAUUAUUACCCGAUCUAAGUGCGGCCAAGAAACAUCGUCAUGACGAUCAAUAUUUUGACCUGAUAUCAGAGGGAUCACCAGAAAUCGGCAUUAAAAAGGAAAUACCUGCAUCUAAAACAAAGUUUGUGUUCCUUGUAGAGGCCAAUGACAAUGGAAGGCCGAAUAAAAACAGCACUGUACAAGUAUAUGUCAACGUUCAUGAAGAGAAUUACUAUGCUCCCCAAUGGCAGAACACGGCAUUAUGUCCAUCAACUGUUCAUAUAGACGAAGACAUCCAAAAGAAUUCCAUCUUAUUCAAAUGCCUCGCCUUAUCGGGACAUUCAAAUACAAACCCCGUCACAUAUUCGUAAGUGAAACCUUUGCACUGGACAUUGUAACAAUAUUUUUAGAAUGAAGAUUGGAGCCAAAAUGUCAACAAACAGUAAGCAAACAUUCAGAGAGUUCAAACAAAAGAUUGAUGGACUUGAUUGGGUGAUUGUACGUAACAUGGACAUGCUAGAUUACGAGAAGGUCCAGAAUUACACUCUUACCCUUACAGCAACAGUAAGUAGAAGAAUUGUAAUCUAUGUUGUCUUAGGAUAUCCAUUCAAUGAUUGCGACUGAUAGAAGAUUGAAAGUAAUAGUAAAGGAUAAGAAUGAUGGAGUUCCUCGAUUCUCUGUGGAUAAGUUCACAGGAACUGUCGAGGAAGAGAAAGAUCCCGACUUUUAUACGGACAGGAAACCAAUUGUGGUUGUGAAAGCUGAGGAUUCCGAUUCAGAAGGUCCUCAGAGCGAAAUUCGUUAUUCUAUUGUGGAUGAUGCAAAACAAAAAUUCCGAAUUGAUGAAAUUACCGGGGCCAUUUACCCAAUUAUCAAGUUUGACAGAGAAAAAAGGAAUACCUACAUAUUCGAUGUGGAAGCACGAGAUAAUAUGAACUCCAGUUUACCGGGAAUUUAUGGGCCAAAUAAAGGUAUCGUCCAUAAAAAAUGACUAAUAACAUUGAACUCAGAUUUUGUGAAAAUCCAUAUUUCCGUCUCUGACGUUAAUGAUAACCCCCCUUUCUUCGAUCAGCCUCUAUACGAACUGAGCGUAAAGGAGAAUGCAGAUCCGCUGGCAGAGUUAAUGGUAAUACGAGCGCAAGAUAAAGACGAACGUAAGCGUAGACAGUUAGCAACGUUAAUUAACACUUUUAGAGUCAAGUCUGCGUUAUAACCUUAUGUCAAUAGGAGAAGGAGAAGACCUUCCAUUUGGUGUACGCACAGAAACUGGAACAAUAUUUGUUAAAAACAUGUUGGAUUACGAAACGAAAAAAGAUUAUUACAUGAUUAUGACUGUCACGGAUGGAGUACAUAACAGUUCUAUCAACGUGACUGUCAACGUUGAAGAUGUGAACGACAAUCCCCCAGUGUUUGAGAAGGAAGCUUAUGAGGUUACGAUUGAAGAAGAAAAUACACAUGUGCCUGUUGUAUUAUUCAAGGUGAAAGCAUUUGACACAGAUGAUAUAACCAGAGAGAACCCCAUUUUAUAUCAACUAGAAGGUCAAGGAGUCGGUGAAUUCUUCGUAUUAGAUCCGCGAACCAAUGACAUCACAGUAAUGAAACCAUUGGACAGAGACCCACCUACAGGAAUCCCUGUCUGGGAAUUCGUGGUUCGAGCAACUGAUGACAAUGGAAAUGGGCUCAGUAAUUAUGCGACUGUCAGAGUAAACUUAAGAGACAUCAACGACAACUCUCCUGUCUUCCUGGAACCUCUUAUCGGUUAUGUAGACGAGAAUCAAGAGCCAGGGCGGGAUGGGCAUUACGUUAUGACGGUUGUGGCCGAAGAUAAUGAUGACCCGGCAUCUGAAAAUGGUCAAGUUGAGUGCAGUAUCGGAGUCAACAAAGAAAUAGCGGGACAAAUGCUAUUCCGAAUUGACGCACACAAUGGGAAGAUAUUCUUGAUGGUGAGUGUUGUAAAAAAAUUGCAAAAAAGCCAGGGGUGGCCACCGGGCCGAUUUGGUCCGAACAGUGCAUCUGACGAAUUGCCCGGGCCGGCCCACUGACCACCCCUGCCCGUUGGCUUCAUGGAAAUUGGGCAGAGUGAAAUUGGACAGCAAUAAAUUGGACAGAUCGUGGCUGUCCAAUUUCCAUCAAGCUUGCUAUAAAAAAUGUUUGCGAGAAACACUUGACACCAUGUGUCAUGUAUGGCUAUUGCGCAAUAUAUACAGGGGUGGUCAGUGGGCCGGGCCGGCCCGUCACGGGCCGGCCGGGCUCAAAAAUGGAAAAUUACAAACGGGCCGGGCCCGUCACGGGCCGGGCCGGGCCGCGGGCCUGGGGUUUUUCCGGCCCGGCCCGGCCCGUCUAAAUUACAAUGCCAAACCGUUGGCAUUCAUUGUUUUCGCGCCGGGAAAAUUAAUUGAUGUUGUUAUUGUUGCUGUUUCUCAAGUUCUAAAACGUUUACAAGUCUAUAGUUCCAUUAUAAAACCACAAAACUAUCACAUUGAUCCUUUACUAGCUAUAUCAACGCCUUUUUUGCCUAAGUUUAGAUCCCAAGCUUGGGCGCAGUUCGCAGAACCCUCUAUAAACGGGCCUGCACGGGCCGGGCCGGGCCGGGCCGGGCCGGGCCUGGAAAAAGACUAGACGGGCCGGGCCGGGCCGGUAAUUAGACGGGCCGGGCCGCGGGCCGAAAAUCGGAAAAAUAGGGUCCGCUGACCACCCCUGAAUAUAUAUUUGCGAGCAAUUUUUAUUUUUUUUAGAGGAAAGUUGACCGAGAACUUUUAUCAGAACGCGAAUUUGUGAUUGAAGUGAUAGCGAAUGAUCUGGGAUAUCCGUCUCGAGAGUCGCAAGCCAAUGUAACCAUUAAAGUCCUCGAUCUGAAUGAUAAUCCGCCUUUCUUCGAGCAUUCUCAAUAUAAUGUUAGCAUUCCGGAAUCUCAACCUACCGAUUCAGCAGUCUUUACAUUGGUUGCAUUUGACUUAGAUAUAGAUGCUAGGUAUUUUUUUGAUUGCAUGUAUAGCAUGUUUUUCUUUAUGGUUAUUAAUACUUUUUGUUAAGUCAUACUUAAUUUUUAGGAAUAACGUGUUUUCAUACGAAUUAUUGGAUCCGUCCGAUCAAUUUUAUAUGACCACCGAGAUGUUGACCUCCGGUCCGAGUGUUGGAAUUUUGCGGGUCAAAAAGGUGAGGAUCAUAAAAAGUUGGGUCAUUUAGAGGUUUUUGGAGGGCCGAAACAGCUGUACGGGAAACAAAACCUCUUUCUUUGUGAUCUUCUGACCAUUGUUUAAUAACGUCUUGGCGAUUUGUUUGGAUUAGGUGCCAAGCCGGCCUUCUUUUUCUCCUCUUUGGACAUUUCUGCAGCUUUGGGCGUUCGCUUCCGUUAAAGUCGCCCAUUUCCGGAUUGCGCAGAGAGCGAUGUUGGCAUACACUUAACGGCAUUAAUUAGGGAACCCAGGGGCAAUUAAAUUAUGCAAAUUACCCAAGGUUCUUAACUUUUCUUUCCAAACAUCAACAGCGAUUAGUGUUCAAAACUGGGUCGGACGUUUAUAGGUCGUUAAAUGUGGAGGGUGAGGUCUGCAGUCAUAGAUAAAUAUUAAUUUUCUUUGAGUGGGAAGUUGGUUGUUGCCCAUUGUCCGAUUAAUCUCGGUUAGUCCCUAUGGCUAACAAAUACUUGGAAUUUCCCCCUCCCGCACCCACCAGUUGACCCUUCCUCUUUUUUUAUUUUCUGCGCGGUUUCUCCAUCUUCUCCUUCUCGUUUUAAGUUAUUGGGGUAAUACAAUUUGGGGAUCUCUGUUGGAUGCGAAUGUCGUUUCUAAUAAUUCCUCCGACAUUAUUCCAGCGCGCUCGAUUCCUGGUUUAUUACCUUUCUUCGGUCAAAAAGAACACAUAAAGUUCUCUCGAUUAUUACAAUACUGGGCGAAGGGGGCAAGCUUACAAGAUCUCCCUCUUUCUUUUAAUGAAAUUCGCUGAUUCCCUUAUGGGCGACCCCACCAUUUCCGUUAUGAGAUGCAUAUGGAUGAAGAUCUUUCUCGCGCGCAACUCUUUAAUAUAAAUUACCAGUUAGCACUCGUACGAAUCUUGUUUCUAAUAUAAUAUUUCCCCUCUUUUUCCAUUAUCCACUUAGUCACAGGUCUGGGUUUGGUCCAUUAAGAAUGAAAUGUUCUCCUGAUGAGCGACGCUCGAGAAGUUCAAGUGACCUUGGGAGUUUGGCUGAUUUUAUCGUGUUUUCAGUAGAAAUCUCCGUUUUCCCAACAUUUUUUCUUUUCGGAAAUGAAUUUGUAAUGCCUCAGGUAGAGAUUGUCAGCUGUCCUCUGGCCUUUCUUUGUCAUUUAGAGAUUUCUGUUUUUUUACGAAAAGUCGUUUAUCGUGAAUGUUUCUACAUUUUUAUGGACUUGUCACCUGAGUUCAUUAAAUGUUUUGUGAGGACUCUCGUGGCGACUCUGAAGUGUCCACUUCUAUUUUCUCUCUGGCCACUUUCACUAUGCUCCCACCACUUGGAACUGCACUUUUUCGCGGGCCUAAAGACCUUUGCCUCGGACCUCUUUUGUGGCAUGCGAAUCUGCUCGGAAUUUGCCCUCUGGGAUUCUGUGGGAAAGGGCAGUGACAACUUUUUUAAGGUGAAGAGAGAAGGAGGAUUCAAGACUAAAGCUCCUUCCGACCAUUCUCCGGCUUCUCUUUUCGCUUUUUGACUCGAUGAGAUCCCUCCAGAUUUCGGUGAUCUGGUCCGAUUUCCUUCUCAAUGUCGGGUUUUCUCUUCCACAACGAUUCUCUCAUUCGUUUAAAAUGAAAAUGAGCGUCUUUGUCGAUUAUUCGGUGAAAAACAGGCGAAUUAAUCUGUGGAAACUGGACGGUGGUGUCAUAAAGUGAGUCCAGGCAACACGUUUGGAGAGGAUAUUGUUCAUUGUGGGGCUCUCGACAUUCGGUCUGGACUCCUCAAUGUUCAUGUACAAGACAAGGGCCCGAGAUAGGUUGUCAAGUGUUUUGCGCUUCUCGAAGGUAUGACGAGAGAAGAGAAGGAGGGUUACAAGGGUUGGAGGAAGAGAGAGCGAGUGCAACGGACGACGCACCUGCACUUGUGGGAAGAAAGGUGGUCAUCCAGCGCUCUGGUCAUUCGGAAAGGAAAGUGAAGAGGGAUCGUCUCCAACCGAGAGAGACAUGGAUGUGUUUAGACCGACAAAGACAGGUUGUCUGAAUGCGGCUCGUGUGCUGCGCGAUGACCUUGUUGGGUUUGGUUGCUGCGGUCUUUCCUUUCUCUUGCCAAACCCUUCACCUUUCCAUUCCACCGGAGAGAUUUGCAUAUUCGAUUCCUGGGUUGGUUUUUUCUCUUUCGUCCAGUUUUUUGCUUCUCACCCGCGUCUUCUCGAAUUAGACUAAUGACCGGCGAGAAAGUUGAGCUGUUGGGUCACUCUUUGUUUUUUGGGCUUAUCGAUCCCGAAUAACGCCUGUUUCCGCGCGUCUCCAGAGACUUGUUUGGGCCGGAUUCGGGGGUGUCAAAGCUGUCGCAAAUUGUCUCUUUAGAAGGCUACUUUCUCUUUGACUUUGUUUCUGAAUCCAAUAGCAUGACUAAGAGUAUGCUUUAUGAUUCAGACGUCCAUAAACCUUUUCCCAUUUGAUGAUGUAGGGACAACAACGCGGGUUUAAUUUUUCUCUUUCGUUUUAUCAGUUUCUGUAUUGCUCGGGGCCGCGUUACUCAUUAGUUUCCUUUCAGCCAGUAAUUUUAAUUUUUUUGUAUGGUUUCGUCCGGGAUAAGUUGUUAUAUUGGUAGGGGAGUGAUAUCUUAUUAAAUUCUGGAUUCGUUAGUUUUAAAAACUUUUUUCGCCUUCAUUUUUAUACAAUUAUCAGAAUAUUCUUCUGUAGUAUUAACGGAGUUUUGAAAAUUUGCUUUUUGUAACCCGGAUGUGAUUUUCUGGCUUUCUUCGUCCUUGGCAAUUCAUUACACAAAAACCUUCGGUGUGUAAAAUCAUACGCUUUCAUGAAUGGCCGUGAUUUUUGUCCUUUGAAGGUCUUCGAUGGAUCCUCCUCGGGAUGCCCUUAAACGCUCAGGAAAUAUUAGUGUUAAAGGGAGAAGAAAGUGAGUCAUCGCGUCGAAUUCCGAGUUUAUUCUUGUGAAUGUCCUUGGGCGUUGGUGGCGGCGAUUCGAGUCUCUGACGGGGAUCUGAUUGCUUUCUUCGAGGCAGGUAUUCCAUCUCAAAUCCCCUUCGUUUUAUUCGCCACCCGGUUUUCUGUUUUGUCCAUUUCCGAAAUUAGCCCUCGUUUAACGCGUUUUGUUUCUUUCUACUUCGAGUUGCGUAAUUGAGUAUUCAAAUAAGUCGUUUUUCCAUUUCAGAGUCCAUUUCCGUGCUAGGUCUUCUCUCUUAAUCUUUGUCUUUUCCGUACAGCUGAGACCCUGGGGCUAAGGUUGGGGGAGAUAAAUCUUUUAAAGGCAUAUCGACCACCUCCAUCUUCAGGCCCUUGAUUUCGAGGAUCCGGAACAGCGCCAUGGGUUUCCCAUGGAAGUCCGAGUAUUCGACGGACGUUUCUACGGUUCGACGAAAGUUUAUAUUCUCCUCGAGGACGAGAACGACAAUCCUCCGAUUAUCAAUGGACCCAAACGCAUCCACUUUAGUGAGGGCACUGCCGUCAACUCUCAGAUCGGCCAAUUCUCCGUCACGGAUCAGGACAGCAACGACAAGAGCACGUAUGUAUCUCCCCUCCCUUCCCCUUCAGGGCCUUUAUUUGUCUUUAUUCCUUAUCUCGAUUCUCUUCUUGGGUACUGUUAAUGCUCAACCCGACAUAUCUCUUCCAUUUGCCGGGCAUCUUGGGCAUUCCCGGUUUAUGAAUUUUGCUGCCAAGAAUCCAAGAGAUAUCAUGUUGAGUGUAGUCAAAAAUAUUAGCGAGAACACUCCGGUUAACACCGUUUUGUUUAAUUUCCGCGCAGAGGAUAAAAACGCCCCCAAUUAUAAUCUGACGUAAGUUGAAGUCUUCAGUGAUGACAUAUGACUUGCAUGGGAUUAUUAUGGAUUUGUUUUAGUUAUCGAAUCAACCGACAGUCGGACCCGAAAAGACAAUUCAGUAUCGAUCAGAACGGUGCUCUGAAAGUGGCUGCCGCCUUGGAUCGGGAGGAUAUAAAACAAUAUGCGUUGAGAAUUGAAGCGUUUGAUCAAGGUAAGGAAAUUUGAUUACGAAUUUUCAGUCGUCUUUUUUGCGUCGUAAUAAUUACUUUUUAGUCGGGAAUAUCGGAACUCAGUAUGUCGAUCUCUAUUUGGAUGAUGAGAAUGACAACGCGCCUUUAUUGUAUACUGUUCUUCAUCCAUUCAACGUUUCUCGACCUUGUAUCUUCAUGGAAAACACACCUCCAGAUCAACUUCCUCUCUGUGAAAUCCACGGAUUUGAUCCAGAUACCAAGAAGAAUGGACCUCCUUUCAAGAUGGAGCUGAACAGUACGUUUACUGACAGUGACGCUGUUAGUGUUGUGUUUGAUGAAAGUUUGGACAAUGGGAAUGGUGGCAUGAUCAUCAGAGCUCUCAAAGAAUUUGACCGAGAAGAACAAAAAGUGAUCGAGAUUCCAAUCAAUGUUCAGGAUCAAGGCGGAAUGUCGGCCACCAGAAAAGUUUAUGUUAUCAUUGGAGACCAGGUAAGGUUUUUUAAUUCAAAUUCAACGAGAAUUUAUGACAAGUUUGUUGUUAUGUUGUGCUGUUAUAGAAUGACAACAAGAUGAGUGACGGGGAAAUGACCAUCGAAGUGUACAGUUAUGAAGGACACCUCCAAACUCAGAGCAUCGGGCGUGUUUAUGUGAAUGAUAAGGAUGAUUGGGACUUUCCAGACAAGAUCUUUGUGGGACCCGAUGAAAAGUAUUUCUCCGUGGAUAAACAGGGUGAUGUAGGUCGAAUAGUAACAAUGGAUUUAUAUUAUUUGUAGAUUGUCAUUUCUUCGGACACUCCAUCUGGUCAAUAUACUUUUAAAGUUGAUGUCACGGACACUGUAAAUCCCGGAAAUGCAGUGGGAACAGUCACUGUGAAUGUCUACGGGUUCCCACCGAUCGCUUUCGACAAUCAGGCCGCGAUUCGGAUAGCAGCUGAGAGCAGAAACUACUACGGUAACCCCUCGUUCUUCCUCGCCGGGCCCAGAGAAUCGUUCGUAAACUUGUUGAAGGAGAAGAUCAAGAAGGUUAGAGAAGGGAAUGUGGUCGUGGACAUCUUCUCCAUCCAGACUUCCGAGUACGACGGUACUUACGACAUUAGAUUCACAGUGCAAAGCGGGGGUCAAUACCUUUCCAAAACCACGGUGGAGGGAUUAAUCUCGGCUAAUCUGGCUGAGUUUGAACACUCAGUUCAAGGAGAAAUCAAGGCCGUUGGAAUUGAUAUGUGCAAAGAUACCCGGUGUGAUAACGGAUGUCAGACAAGACAUACUGCUUCCAACGUAAGUUUUGUUUAUUGUUUGACAAGAACGAACGUUUUUCAGUCAGGUGUUGUUGUCUCGAACAACAAUACAGUCCUUGUGGGCAUAAACUCAACUUCUUCCGACGUCUGUGAAUGCCCCAUCCAAGCUGCGCCCACUUCUUGUUCCGCCGAUUACUGUUAUAAUGGCGGAAUCUGUCAUAAUCUGAAUCCAGGAGCCACUUGUCAAUGCAAGAAUGAUCUGCCUGGAGAGAGGUGCCAAGGAAGCACACGGACUUUCCGAGGAGAAGGCUAUGCUUGGUACAAGAGCAUGCCCGCUUGCACUUCCCUCAACAUUUCCUUCUCGUUCAGAACGUAGGUUUCUUUUAGUUUAGUUUUGAUAUGUUUGUUCGUUUUACAUUUCCUUUUUUUAGAAAUGACGAUGGUAUUAUUAUUUACAAUGGACCCUUUAAGCGUGUCGAAGCGUACACUGGAAUGAAGAUCAAAUACUCGGACUAUCUCUAUGUUGGUCUCGAGCAAGGCUCCUUGGUUGUAAAACAGUUAAAUGGUAGGAUCCCGGUGAAUAUUACGCUCGGCGGUGUAUUGGCUGAUGAUCAAGUCCAUCAUGUCACCAUUAUCCAGACGCAUAAAAAGUUGGAGGUCAUCCUUGAUCAUUGCAACAACCCCAACGAGAAUUGUUAUAAGGCCGAGGAAGCGGAUGAUGAUGAGCGAUUGAAUGUUGUAAAUCCCCUCCAAGUCGGCGGCAUCUAUGCUAUCGACGAUAUCGCUGAUAUUCAUCCAACUUUGCGGGGAAAGAGAGGUUUCAAUGGAUGUAUUAUGGAUCUGGUCGUGAAUGGAGAGGAAUAUGAUCUGGAGUCUCCGGAAUUGUCUGCUGAUUCGGAUAAUAAGUGUGGAUGUGCGGAUGAGAAGAAGUGUGUCCAUGGGAAAUGUUUUGUGAAGAUCAAGAAUCAGAUGGAAGCAUGUCGAUGUCCUCCCGGAUACAUGGGCAAGAACUGUGAGAAUGUUGCCCCUUGGAUUCAAUUUGUGGAUCAGAGCAGUUACGUUAAAUUCACCACCCGGGGAAGUCAGGAUUACAAUAUUAGAAAUGAUGUGGAAGCUCAGAUCGUGUUACCCAGGGAGGCUCGAGAUGGCCGGGUCAUUUCGUUGGAUAAGGAUAAUAAUGUAAGAUGCCUGAAACUUGAUUGAUAAGAAUGUUUUAGGCGUUAUCUUCGAUUGCUUUGGAAGGGCAGUCGCCCGUUGCUCAACUGAAUGAUGUCUCCAGUCCGGACAAACUCCAAUUCCAUAAACUUACGCUGACUCCUGGAGUUCCAUAUCACAUCAAGUUACAUCGCGAUCGAUAUGUGUCAACGAUUACUGUCGAUUACGCAACUCACUCAUCCAAGGUGAUCUCUGAAAAUCAAAGAGCCCUCCAAGAUGUACAUUCGAUUACUGGAGGAUCGCAAAGUUUCGGAUUUGCUGGAUGUAUGAGAGCUUUGAAUUACAAUGGAGAAUAUAAGAACAUCACCGUUCCAAAUCUCGAGGAUAAUGAGAUUAAUGAUUUCGACAACUCCCGAUUCGAACAGUUUGGCAUCAAGGACGGAUGUCCCUACCUGGCCACUUGUGCCGGCAUUGGAUCGGGGAUGUGCCCCUCCGGCCAAGUCUGUAUAGAUCAUUGGAAGGGCCCCAUCUGUGCAUGCCCUGAGGGCGCUAUGACUUUAGUCAAGCCUGAUGGAACACUCUCUCACUGCAACGAAGUGGCUGCAGUUAGUUCGUUAAGUAUCACAAGCCCCGCUUUGAUCUUCAUCUUGGUUUGUCUCCUUCUUCUUAUCCUUAUGGCAUUGGUCAUGGUAACAUAUACGAGAAAGAAGAGAUCUCCAUUCGAUCUGGUUGGACCUGAAGAAUUCAAAAGAGACAAUCUGAGACAAUAUUCGUUGGAAGGGGGUGGUGAGACCGACAACAACCGACACAACAUCGCCAAUCUCAGGAAGCCGGUGAUGCCAUUCGAAGGUGGAAAUGGCCUCGGCCAGAAAGUUUAUCCUCAGAAACCUGCCGGUAAGUCUUUUUGCAUUGCAUUUUUUAUCCUUCUUAAGUUGUUUUAUUAAUGUUCUAUAUUACUUUAGAUGAUGGGUUGAAUGCCCAAGUGGAUAAUCUGGACCGUGAUCCCAACAGUGGACCUUAUGAUGAACUCAGGAUGUACAAUAUGGAGGGAGACAACCAGUCCACCUUAUCCUUCGACUCCCUCGACUCUGUUCGGCCUGGCAACCUCGAGACCAUGGACAAUCGAGACAUACGGUAUUAG